AAACCUGGGAUUUUGAAAGCNUAGAAACUGUUGGAUUAAUUUGUUCGGAACCAUCAACUUACAGUAACUCAAACUUAGAAAACAUUCCUCAUUUACAGAAGGAUAAUUUAAGGGAACAUACGAAUUCCAGCACUGAUUUUCCACCUAAACAAAAUGAAGCAUCUUCAGAAUUACGUAUAACCAAGGCAGAUACUUUGCCUGGAAGAACCUCUUCAAGACUUAAACGUGACUCAAAACUCCCAAACAGAUAUGACACAGACUAUUUGGUGGAUAUUCCCUCAGUUAAAAAAUCUAAACGUGGUCGUAUGUAUUUUCACUAUAAAAAUGAUCUCCUGUGGAGCUUUUAUGACUAUGUGGAAACUACAGAAAGAAAAAGGUGUAUAACGCUGCAUACAAUGUACAGGAAGAUGAUGGAAAAACAAGAGAGGCUUUCAAUGGAAAAGAAAUCUUCCGAGACAAAGUUUUCACCAGUUGUUUCAAAUGAAUUGCUAGAUUGCAUGGUCAACUUAUGUGAUGUUGACUCGGUAAAACCUCAUGCAAUAGAGGAACCAAUUGUGAAUACUUGUGCACACUGUGGAAUGCUGUUCAAUGGAAUGACUGAGCUUCAAAUUGAGUUUCAUAAGAAACGUCACAAUCCCGACAGACCGUGGCCUGUUCUUAAGUUUGCCCAGAUGUCUCUUCCCAACACUAAAAAACUGUCCGGAAGAAAGUCUGUUUUAAACAGUUAUAAAACUAAACAAAAUAAUCAUCAGAAAGAAGAAGAUAACGAAAAAGAAAAAAAUAAACAAGUUAUAGAUGAAACUUUAAAACAAUCUAAAUUUCAUAAAACACAAAAGUUUUCUUCCAGUUCUUUCCGAUCAUGCUACCCUCAUUAUAGCAACCCCUACAAACGCGCAACUGCUCGCAAAUCUCGCCCAGGUUCAUUUUAAUACUUAAAUGAAAUUAUGUUGUUGAAAUUGCUUCAAUUUUAUAAAAUAUAAUAUUGCCGUUUAUCAUUUUUCCUGCAUGUCUUUAAAUGCCUUAUGGAAUGUCAGCAUAAUUUUAUUAUAUUUGAACAAAUUUAUCAUUUUUUUCACCUAUUGGAGUUUUGUUUAGAUUUUAGAAUAACCUACACAACUGUUCCUAUCGUUGACGUAUUAGACGCUUUCGAGCAUUUCUUCAA